AUGGCCGCCGCAUUCCUGGACAAGGUCAACUUCAGUCUUGAUCAGCCCUUCGGCAUCAAGCUCGACACUUACUUCAGCCAGGCCUAUGAACUCGUCACCGGAAAGUCCAUCGACUCCUUCCGCUUCCAAGAGGGCGUUACCCCGCUCUCGACCAACCAAGAGGUCGUCAUGUGGACUAUCACCUACUUCAUCGUCAUCUUUGGCGGCCGCCAGAUCAUGAAGGGCCAGGAGGCCUUCAAGCUCAAGGGCCUCUUCAUCCUCCACAACUUCCUGCUGACAAUCGCGUCCGGUGCCCUGCUCCUCCUCUUCAUCGAGAACCUGGUCCCUAUCCUUGCCAGACAUGGUCUUUUCUACGCCAUCUGCGACGCCGGUGCCUGGACUCAGCGUCUGGAGCUGCUUUACUACCUCAACUAUCUCGUCAAGUACUGGGAGCUGGCCGACACUGUCUUCCUGGUUCUCAAGAAGAAGCCCCUUGAGUUCUUGCACUACUUCCACCACUCGAUGACCAUGAUCCUUUGCUUCGUCCAGCUCGGCGGCCACACCUCGGUCUCCUGGGUUCCUAUCGUCUUGAACUUGACUGUCCACGUGUUGAUGUACUACUACUACAUGCGCUCUGCUGCCGGUGUCCGCAUCUGGUGGAAGCAAUACCUCACCACCCUUCAGAUCGUCCAGUUCGUCCUCGACCUCGGAUUCAUCUACUUCUGCUCCUACACCUACUUCGCCUUCACCUACUACCCCGCCUUCCCCAACGCCGGCAAGUGUGCUGGUACCGAGGGCGCUGCGCUUUUUGGCUGUGGUCUGCUUUCCAGCUACCUUUUGCUCUUCAUCAACUUCUACCGCCUGACCUACAACGCCAAGGCUAAGGCUGCCAAGGAGCGUGGAAGCAACUUCACACCCAAGACCGUCAAGACCAACGGUUCGGCCAAGAAGACCUCAAAGAGCAAGCACAUCUAA